CGGAUCGCGGAAGCUCGCUGCGCCUUUAAAGAAAGCAGACUCCGCGCUCUGACGCACUUCUGGCUGUCAGCCAGGGAGCUCGCUCCUGCCAGGCUGCCCGAGAAGAAAACCAACAACUUUUCUUUUGUGUGUGGGGUUACUUUCCACUAGCCCCCCCUUUUCCUCUCCUUUCAAGAUUUCCAUGCUAAUGGCGGAUUAAAACCUGUAGAUACGUUUGGCUUUAGGAGUCUGGUGCAUCGGGGUGACUGACUGGUAUCACCAAAAUGACGCUCCAUGCCACCCGGGCUGCAGCACUGCUCUCUUGGGUGAACAGUCUGCGAGUGGCUGACCCCGUGGACACGGUGCAGCAGCUGCAGGAUUGCAGGGUCUUCUUAAAGAUCAUCGACCACAUCCAUGGCACUGAUGAGGGGCAACAGAUCCUGCAGCGGCCAGCACUGGAGAGGCUGGAGUUCGUGUGCGGUUUCCUGCAGAAAAAUCGAAAGCAUGCCUCUUCUCCAGAAUGUCUGGUGUCGAUGCAGAAGGUGACCGAGGGGUCAGAACUGGAACUGGCCAAGAUGAUCAUGCUGCUCUUAUACCACUCCACCAUGAGCACCAAAAGUCCCCGGGACUGGGAGCACUUUGAGUAUAAGAUUCAGGCGGAGUUAGCCAUCAUUCUCAAGUUUGUCCUGGACCACGAGGAUGGCCUCAACCUGAACGAGGACCUAGAGAGCUUCCUGCAGAAAGUUGCGGUCCCAACUACUUGUUCCAGCAGUGAAGAGCUCUCCCCACCCAGCCACCAGGCCAAGAAGGAGGUUCGCUUCCUAGAGCUCCAGAAAGUGGCCUCAUCUUCCAGUGGGAAUAACUUCCUUUCAGGAUCUCCAGCCUCCCCCAUGGGUGACAUCCUGCAGACCCCACAGUUCCAGAUGCGACGGCUAAAGAAGCAGCUUGCAGAUGAGAGAAACAACAGGGAUGAGCUGGAGAUGGAGCUGACUGAGAACCGCAAACUCCUCACAGAGAAGGAUGCGCAGAUCGCAGUGAUGCAGCAGCGCAUCGACCGCCUGGCCCUGCUGAACGAGAAGCAGGCAGCCAGCCCCCCGGAGCCCAGGGAGCUCGAGGCCCUGCAGGGCAAGAAUGAGAGCCUCACAGUGCGGCUCCAUGAAACUCUGAAGCAGUGUCAAGAUCUGAAGACAGAGAAGGGGCAGAUGGACCGCAGAAUUAACCAGCUCUCCGAGGAGAAUGGGGACCUCUCCUUUAAGCUGCGGGAGUUCGCCAGUCACAUGCAGCAGCUCCAGGGCGCGCUGGACGAAGUGUCAGAGGAGCACAACAAGGCGACCCGGGAAUGGGGAGAGAAGCAGAUGCACCUGGAAAAGGAGCUGGGCACCUCACUGCAGGACAAGAAAUGCCUCGAGGAGAAGAAUGAAAUCCUUCGGGGGAAACUUUCACAGCUGGAAGAACAGUUGGCCCAGCUGCAGAAGAACUCACCUCAGAAGGGUGAGGUGCUGGGGGAUGUCUUACAGCUGGAGACACUGAAGCAGGAGGCAGCCUCGCUUGCUGCUGAUAAGGCCCAGCUCCAAGCCAAGGUGGAGGCGCUGGCGAACGAGCGGGGCCAGCAGGAGGCUCAGCUGCUGGCAGAGCGAGGCCACUUUGAAGAGGAGAAACAGCAGCUGGCGGGCCUGAUUGCUGAGCUGCAGGGCUCCCUGGCCACCCUCCGCCAGGCCAAGGAAGAGCUGGAACAGACCUCGCAGGCUCAGGGGAUCCACCUGACUGGCCAGGUGGCCACGCUGACCUCCGAGCUCAGCGCCCUCAACGCCACCCUCCAGCAGCAGGAUCAGGAGCUGGCCAGCCUGAGGCAGCAGGCCAAGAAGGAGCAGGCGCAGCUGGCGCAGAGCCUGGAGCAGCAGGAAGAGGCCUCGAAGGGCCUCCGCCAGCAGGUGGAGCAGCUGAGCGGCAGCCUGAAGCAGAAGGAGGAGCAGUUGGAAGAGGCCGCCAAGGAACAGGAGGCCACCCGGCGCGACCACAGCCAGCAGCUGGCUGCUGCCACCGCCAAGCGUGAGGCCGCCUUCAGGGAGAGGGAUUCGGCGCUGCAGCAGCUGAAAGCGUUGGAGGAGAAGGCUGCCAAGCUCGAGAGCCUGCAGCAGCAGCUUCAGGCUGCUGACGACGCCCGGGACAGGGCCCAGACUUUGGUGACACAGGCCCAGCGGGAGAAGGCAGAGCUGAGCGAGAAGGUGGAGGAGCUCCGCGCCCGGGCAGAGGCAGCCCACCAGGAGCAGAGUGCGGCCCAGGCCCGGGUGACAGAGCUGCAGUCCCAGCUGACGUCUGAGCAGCAGAGAGUGGCUGAGAGCGAGCGGUUGGUGCGGGAGAAGGGCCAGCUCCAGGAGCAGAUCCAGGCCCUCGAGGAGUCCUUGAAGGUCAGCAAAGGCAACCUGGACGAGGAGAAGCGCAGGGCCGCCGCCGCCCUGGAAGAGCAGAAGCGGCGAGUCUCCAGGCUGGAGGCAGAGACCCGGAGUCUGGUGGAGCAGCAGAAGCAGGCCCGGAAGGAGCUGGAGGAGGAACAGGCCGGGCGCAAGGGACUGGAAAGCCGACUACAGCAGCUCGGGGAGGCCCGGGAUGCUGAAACAGAAACCCUGCGGCGGGAGCUGGCCGAGGCCAUGGCCUCCCAGCGUGGGGCCAAGAGUGAAUGUGAGCAGCUGGCCAAGGAGGUGGCCACCUGGCAAAAACGCUACGAGGACAAGCAAGAGGAGAAGGCCCAGUACAGCGCCAUGUUCCAGGAGCAGAUGGUGACCCUGAAAGAGGAGUGCGAGAAGGCCCGCCAGGAGCUCCAGGAGGCGAAGGCCCAUGGUGAGCGGCAGCAGAGCGAAGUAACUCAGCUGCGUGCUGACCUGGCCAGCAGCCUCCAGCAGGUCCAAGAGAAGGAGGUGCGGGCCCAGAAGCUGGUGGAUGACCUCUCUGCCCUGCAGGAGAAGAUGGCUGCCACCAGCAAGGAGGUGGUCCGGCUGGAAACCUUGGUGCGUAAGGCGGGCGAGUUGCCGGGGACGGCCCCUCAGGAGCUCAAGGAGCCGCGGAAGGCAGGAGACCGUGAGCAGCAGGGCCGCCCGUUCUGCAGCACCCAGGCCGCCCUGCAGGCCAUGGAGCGCGAGGCCGAGCAGCUGGCCAGUGAGCUAGAGAGGCUGCGGGCUGCACUGCUGGAAAGCCAGGGCCAGCAGCAGGAGGAGCGAGGGCAGCAGGAGCGGGAGGUGGCCAGACUGACUCAGGAGCGGGGCCAGGCCCAGGCCGACCUGGCCUUGGAAAAGGCUGCCAAGGCAGAGCUGGAGAUGCGGCUGCAGAAUGCCCUCAAUGAGCAGCGUGUCGAGUUUGCCAGCCUGCAGGAGGCGCUUGCCCUUGCCCUGAGGGAGAAGGAAGGGAAGGACCAGGAGCUGGCCCAGCUUCGCGGCCAGGAGGCCUCCCAGAGCGCAGAGCUGGCAGAGCUCCGGAAGGCCAUGGAGCUGCUGAAGUCACAGGUGGUCAAGAAGGAUCUGCGCCAACAGGCAGCCGCGAUGGCCAGCGGGGAGGAUGACCUUCUCUCCGAGGCGUCUGCAGAGGUCCAGCAGCCCGGCCCUGAGAUGGAGGCGCUGCAGGCGGAGGUGAGCAGGCUGGAGCAGGCGUGCCGGGAGCGGCAGCAGAGGGCCGUGAGCCUGGAGCGCAGCCUGGAGUCGGAGCGUGCAGAGCGCACAAAGGCGCUGGGGACUCUGCGGGCCCAGCUAGAGGCGAAGGCACAGGAGCUGGGGCACAGUCAGGACACUCUAGCCUCAGCGCAGAGGGAGCUGGCUGCCCUCCGCACCAAGGCCCAGGAUCAAAGCAAGGCCGAGGAUGAGUGGAAGGCCCAGGUGGCGCGGGGCCAUCAGGAGGCGGAGAGGAAAAACAGCCUCAUCAGCAGCUUGGAGGAGGAGGUGUCCAUUCUGAACCGCCAGGUCCUGGAGAAGGAGGGGGAGAGCAAGGAGCUGAAGCGGCUGGUUGUCGCAGAGUCAGAGAAGAGUCAGAAGCUGGAGGAGCGGCUGCGCCUGCUCCAGGCCGAGACGGCUAGUAACAGUGCCCGUGCUGCCGAGCGCAGCUCUGCUCUUCGGGAGGAGGUGCAGAGCCUGAGGGAGGAGGCCGAGAAGCAGCGGGUGGCUGCUGAGAGCCUGCGGCAGGAGCUGGCUGCACAGGCCGAGCGGGCCGAGGAGCUGGGCCAGGAGCUGAAGGCAUGGCAGGAGAAGUUCUUCCAGAAGGAGCAGGCGCUCUCGGCCCUGCAGCUGGAGCACGCGAGCACCCAGGCCCUAGUGGGUGAGCUGCUGCCCAUUAAGCAUCUGUGCCAGCAGCUACAGGCUGAGCAGGCGGCGGCAGAAAAACGCCAUCGUGAGGAGCUGGAGCAGAGCAAGCAGGUGGCCGGAGGGCUGCGGGGAGAGCUGAUGCGGGCCCAGCGCGAGCUCGGUGAGCUGGGGCCCCUGCGGCAGAAGGUGGCAGAGCAGGAGCGAGUUGCCCAGCAGCUGCGGGCGGAGAAGGCCAGCUAUGCAGAGCAGCUGGGCAUGCUGAAGAAGGCACACGGCCUGCUGGCUGAGGAGAACCGGGGGCUGGGUGAGCGGGCCAGCCUCGGCCGGCAGUUUCUGGAAGUGGAGCUGGACCAGGCCCGCGAGAAGUACGGCCAAGAGCUGGCAGCGACCCGCGCGGAAGCGGAGUCCCGUCUGGCUGACAUGCAGCGGGAAGCCCAGAGCGCUGCCCAGGGGCUGGAGGUGAUGACCGCCAAGUACGAGGGUGCCAAGGCCAAGGUCCUGGAGGAGAGGCAGCGGUUCCAGGAGGAGAGGCAGAAACUCACGGCCCAGGUGGAGGACCUGAGUAAGAAGCUGAGCGACCACGAGCAGGCCAGCAAGGCGCAGCAGCAGAAGCUCAAGGCGCAGGGCGGUGAGAGCCAGCAGGCAGCGCAGCGUCUCCAGGCCCAGCUGAGCGAGCUGCAGGCCCAGCUGAGUCAGAAGGAGCAGGCAGCUGAGCACUACAAGCUGCAGAUGGAGAAGGCCAAGACCCAUUAUGAUGCCAAGAAGCAGCAGAAUCAAGAGCUGCAGGAGCAGCUGCAGGGCCUGGAGCAGCUGCAGAAGGAAAACAAGGAGCUGAGGGCUGAAGCUGAGCGGCUGGGCCGGGAGCUUCAGCAGGCCGGGAUGAAGACCAAGGAGGCCGAACAGAGCUGCCGCCACCUGACGGCCCAGGUGCGCAGCCUGGAGGCUCAGGUUGCCCACGCUGACCAACAGCUUCGAGACCUGGGCAAGUUUCAGGUGGCUACUGAUGCCUUAAAGAGCCGCGAGCCCCAGGCAAAGCCCCAGGCAAAGCCCCAGGCAAAGCCCCAGCUGGACCUGAGUAUUGACAGUCUGGACCUGAGCUGCGAGGAGGGGACCCCACUCACUGUCACCAGCAAGCUGCCUCGAACCCAGCCGGAUGGCACCAGUAUCCCUGGAGAGCCGGCAUCGCCCAUCUCCCAGCGCUUGCCCCCCAAGGUAGAAUCCCUGGAGAGUCUCUACUUCACCCCCAUCCCAGCUCGGGGUCAGGCGCCCCUGGAGAGCAGCCUGGACUCCUUAGGGGACGUCUUCCUGGACUCGGGCCGGAAGACCCGCUCUGCCCGCCGGCGCACCACGCAAAUCAUCAACAUAACCAUGACCAAGAAGCUGGAUGUGGAGGAGCCGGACAGUGCCAACUCCUCCUUCUACAGCACCCAGUCUGCCCCCGCGUCGCAGGCCAGCCUGCGCGCUGCUGCUUCGGCCCAGUCUCUAGCCCGCCUGGGCUCGCCCGAUGACGGCAACUCCGCGCUGCUCAGCCUGCCCGGCUACCGACCCACCACGCGCAGCUCCGCGCGCCGCUCCCAGGCGGGGGUAUCCAGUGGAGCCCCGCCAGGAAGGAACAGCUUCUACAUGGACACUUGCCAAGACGAGCCCGAGCCGCUGGAUGACUGGAACCGGAUUGCGGAGCUGCAGCAGCGCAACCGAGUCUGCCCGCCACACCUCAAGACCUCCUACCCCCUGGAGUCCAAGCCUUCCCUGGGCCUGACUACCAUCACGGAUGAGGAAAUGAAAACUGGGGACCCCCGGGAGACCCUGCGCCGAGCCAGCAUGCAGCCCACCCAGAUCGCUGAGGGCAUCACCACCCGGCAGCAGCGCAAACGGAUCUCCUCUGAGUCCCACCAGGGCCCCGGAACACCUGAGUCAAAGAAGGCCACAAGCUGCUUCCCGCGCCCCAUGACACCCCGGGAUCGACACGAAGGGCGCAGACAGAGCACUGCUGAGGCCCAGAAGAAAGCACCUCCGGCAGUGAAACAGGCUGACCGCCGCCAGUCGAUGACCUUCAGCAUCCUUAAUACGCCCAAGAAGCUGGGGAACAGCCUCCUUCGGAGGGGGGCGUCCAAGAAAGCCCUGUCGAAGGCGUCCCCCAACACCCGUAGUGGAACCCGUCGUUCCCCUCGCAUCGCCACGGCUGCUGCCACUACCCCGCCACGGGCCAAGGGCAAGGCCAAGCACUAAAGGGCCAGUACCAUGAGUGGCCCCACCUGUCCCCAAUGCUGACCUCGCCUGGUCCUUCUCCUGCCACCGUCCCCCUCAGUGCCUUCUUGCAGCUCCCAGGCCAAGAGUGGCCAAGCCCCGAGAGACAGUGAUGCUGCCGACACUCCGCCUGCCUGCUCCUUGGCCCUUCCGGGAGCUUCUGUGAGGUGUCAGACUUGUGUCCUCAGAGUGGGCCUGGGCGGCCCAGAGGGUCUGACCCCCCACCCAAACCCGCCUCCCCAUGUUCCCCUAGAGCAGUUACUUCCUUCACAGCCAGGUUGGAGGUGGGCAUGGAGGGCUGGGCCUUGAGCCUGGCCUGUCCUCAGCCUCUGGAUCUAGAAGGGACCACUGGAGGGGCAGGCCCUGGUCCCUGCUGCUCCUGGCAGUUGGGCCGCACAGGGCUCUUGCUCUUGAAGUCCAGGACUGGGCAUUGAUGUGGGAGCACCCCACCCCCAGGUGCUCCCUCCUCCCUAGGCCACAGUGCCUGGAGAUGUUUUCCAGGCCCUGUGCCUCAUGGGGGCAGCUCACUCCCACUUUGCCCCAGACUUAAUUGGGAUGGGGUGUGGAGUGAUGGGAAGGUUUUUAAGGGCCAGGAAUGGAUCUUUUCUAAAUGUUAUUACUUGUAAAUAAAGUCUAUUUUUCUCCCUUG